CAGGCGUAAAUUAGAUGCGAUACGAUCUUCGAAACAAAACGCGUUCGCCACGCAUUUGUAUCUGACAAAGCGACAGCGGAGGGAUGAGCGCUUGGUCGACAAAUGUCAGACAGGCGUCUUCCAUCGUCCCUCGACGAGGAUCACCCUUCGACGGCGCGGAGAUCCUCCGAUGGAUUGGCGAAACGAAGAGUCGGAUCAGUCGAGUGGUACAUUGAGGUAGAGAGACGCUCUAACACACCGCGUUACGUACAACAUGCGGUUUUUCUUUUCCCGGACAGUCGAGAAUCUGAGGUGGGAUGAGAAUGUUCAUCUCACGCCCCGGACGAAGGAUGCCGUCGCCGCCGUGGAUCACAACGUUCGCUCCCAAGGAAUUCAGGCUGGGAUCGGAAUUUGUAAGGACAUUAGGAACUUCACAUCCGCUUUAGAGAAUCUGGAGCUUGAGACGAAUGACAAGGAUCACCCGGAGCUUAGAACGAGCGACGCGCAGACGGAUUACUUUAACGAUUCCGAGCAGGAGGAGACCGUGCCGGUUUUCAAGACGAGAGAGAUACCUACCUUCGAAUUGGUGGUUCAAGGACCGGAAAUCCUAAAUUUCCAGGGCACCAGACAUUCUCCGGCAGAUAUCGCGCUCUACUGGAAGAAGGAUUCUCGAAUGUGGCUGUGGAAGUCGGUCAGGCUCGCGAGAAAAAUAAGAAGGACCAAAGCGAAGGCCGCUGCUCCUGCGGGCUCUUUGUACCGCAAAGAAUUUUAGCGCAUAUUUUUACUCGAUGAUUUGUACAUACGAAUUUUCGGAUUGUGAUUUUCAUUUUUUGUAUAAAUACUUUUUUUACGAAAGUGACUUGGACGACGCGCGAAAGAUUAUAUUCUUGUACCUGUUGAAGAAAUAAAUGUUAAAAGAAUAAUGAUAUG